GCCGCCGCGCCCCGCCGGCCGCGGGCCACAAAUGAUGAUUCCACCAGGGGAGUGCAUGUAUGCUGGAAGGAAAAGAAGGAAGCCCAUUCAGAAACAGAGGCCGGCCACGGGGGCUGAGAAGUCGAACCCUUCCAAGCGGCACCGGGACCGCCUCAAUGCCGAGCUGGACCACCUGGCCAGCCUGCUUCCGCUUCCUCCUGACAUCGUGUCUAAGCUGGACAAGCUUUCUGUCCUGCGUCUCAGCGUCAGCUACCUCAGGGUGAAGAGCUUCUUCCAAGCCGUGCAGAAGUGCCCGCCGCAGCCGGCGGCUGCUGCCCCGUCACCGGAAGACAGCGGUCUGAGCGGAGGGUCCGCUGUGCUGGAGGGAAGGCUGCUGCUGGAGUCUCUCGAUGGCUUUGCCCUGGUCGUGAGUGCGGAAGGCAUGAUAUUUUAUGCAUCAGCAACAAUCGUGGACUAUCUGGGCUUCCACCAGACGGACGUGAUGCACCAAAACAUUUAUGACUAUAUCCACGUGGACGACCGUCAGGAUUUCUGCCGGCAGCUCCACUGGGCCAUGGACCCUCCCCAGGCAGUGUUUGGGCAGCCCCCACACUCACAGACAGACGACGCCGUGCUGGGGCGGCUGCUCCGGGCGCAGGAGGCGGGCGCGCGCCCCGAGGCGGACUUCUCGGCCUUCCUGACGCGCUGCUUCGUGUGCCGCGUGCGCUGCCUGCUGGACAGCACCUCGGGCUUCCUGACAAUGCAGUUUCAAGGAAGACUAAAAUUCCUGUUUGGACAGAAGAGGAAGACUCCGUCAGGGACAGCCCUGCCCCCUCGGCUGUCACUGUUCUGCAUCGUGGUGCCCGUCCUCCUUCCUUCCGUGGCAGAGAUGAAAAUGAAGAGUGCGUUUCUGAGGGUGAAGCACAGGCUGGACAUCUCAGCCUCGAUGGACACAAAAGCAAAUGCCGCCACAAGUCUGUGUGAACCAGAAUUGCAUGGAAAACCCAAUUACUUAGCAGGGAGGAACAUUGGAGAAAACAUUUCAGUACUCAAGGCCCAAAUGGAUGCAGGCUGCUGGGCCCGGGUUCCAGCCAGGGCCCCAUGCCUCUGCCUCCGGAGCGGCCCGGACCUCAUGUCUGACCCCGAGGGGGCCGCAGGGGACAGAGGAGGAGAGGAGCAUGGGAAGGUGCCUGGCAGUGCCCCUGGAGCCAGGGGGCGGAGGGAAAGACAUGCCUAUAGUUGCUGCUUCGAGGCACCUGGACCCAUGAAGCACCUGAGCUGGAUGACAGGGAAACCUGGUCAGGAUGGUGGCGCCAAGAUGAAGCUGGAGCCCAGUAAGAGUGACCCGUUCUCCAUACACGCUGUGUCCCGCCCAGGUGUCCAGGGCACUGUCCAUAGCAGUGGGGUUACUGCUUUCAGGAAUUCACCUGGCUGUCACCCAGGAAGCCAUUCUCCCAGUGCCUAUGCCAGCUGCCAGAGCAGAGCCUUGCAGGACGGCGACCGGGGCCAGAUGCACCCUCCGCCCAGCUGCCCCUUUCCCCACGGGAGCCUGGACAAUGGGCUCCCUCCGCUCAGAGGGCAGGGUCUCUCAGCAGGGGGCUAUUCCACCGAGGACGCCAAGUUUCGAGGGGGGCCAGUGCCCUCGGGAGCCCCAUGCAACCCCCUAUUGUCACUUGAUGUGCCCAUCAAGAUGGAGAACGACUCUGGGCCUGAGGAUGCAACAGACGGCUACUCCGUGUCCCCAAGCCAGGUGUGGCUGGGAGCCAGUGGUGUGGCCAAGAGACAGCUGGUCACUUUCCCUACCAGGAUGCACCUGAAAACAGAGUCAGACUCCAGACACCACCUGUAUGCUCCACACCUGGGGCACAGCAUGCUGGGGGCUCACCCGAGUGGCAGGGCUCCACUCAGACCUGGCAAGGAGCUGGCCCCCUUCCACCCCACACACUGUGCCUGCCUGGAGCACGUGCAUGGCCUUCCCGAGCCAGAUCCUGCCCGCCACCUCUGUGCACACGGUCACCAGCCCCCUAAACUGGGCUGUGACUGCAGAGCUCCUGCGACCACACCUGUUGUCAAGCGAGAGCCCCUGGACUCACCCCCAUGGGCAAGUCACAGCCAGGGUGGGGUGCCCAGCAUGUUCCCCAAAAGUGCCUUGCCAACACUGAUGCCUCCCAAAGCACCCGAGUGUGCUUUCCUGCCAUAGAGUGGGUGUUUCUAAAGGCUAGCUUCUGCGCAUGCUCAGACUUACCCCUCAGCGGCGAUGGCAGGGUUAGGACCAGAGCCGUUCCUAAGUGAUGCUCGGCAAAGCUGCCUGGGCUCAGCCCUCUGUUAGGUGUGGGCAGUGUGUGCAAUCGUGUACUGUGUAUUUUAUAAAAUGUCACACAAGUCCUUAAAUGCCAAGUAGUAUUAAGUCUGUUCACAAUUUUUCAGAAAGUGGCCAGAGUGAGACAUGUCAGGUUGGAAGGGCAUACCCCACUCUCCGGGACGCGGUGGGCACCCAGCCACUUGGCAAUCAUCUGGUGUGGUCUCCUGCGCUCCCCAUGCCCACCUCCCAGCUUUGCCUGCACCAUGGACAUGGGUUGAUGCCUCCAUGGAGUGGACUGAAGGGAGCAGCCACAUCCUAGGUACAAAUUAGAGAUAUAAUCUUUUGAGCCACAGGUGACUAUGCCCCCAUUCACGGAAGGAAUCUGGAAGGUUCCAGGCAAAAAAGCCUGUCUGCACUGGGUCCCAUCCUCACUACUACAUACAGCCUGUGCUCCUCAACCUCACAGCAGAGUUUGAGGCCACACCCAGUGGAAAUUGGCAGGAUAAUAUCCUGUUCCUUGUGGAAGUUUCUGGGAUUUUUAAUGGGCCUCUGAAGAUGGUUUAUGCCAGUCUGUCUCCAGCACAUCCUGUAACUUUGAGUUUAUAGAGUCUGGGUUUGGAAGCAGAGAGAAGGACAAAACAUAGAGAAAAGAAGUAGAAAGUCAAGUUGUCCAUGAAGGCUGUGUUGCUGUAUCCAGGUUUUCAAAUGGGAACGCCAGUCACCACCUCAGGAAGAAUCAUUAAAGAGAAGACAGAGAAAUCGUUUUCUAGAAAAACUGUAAAGUCAUACAUUCUGACUACAGGAAAGCUGGAUACAAAGGCAUGAGUCAGAAAGUGGAGGUUGCCCAUAGGCACCACCAGAGAUGGACCCUUCCACUCGCUGCCAGUGCAGGGUGUGCCAUCAGGGUACGAAGGUCACCACUGUGCCUGCUUAUACGGUGGUGGGCACACUCCUGCUCCCGGGGACAGGGCAUCUGUUCCUAAAGUCACCCCCACCUGGGAGUCUCAGGAGGUGGCGGGAGCUUCUGGGUGGGGACUUGCUGCUCCACCAUUGGUACAAUCUACCUUUCAGUGUGGGGCCUUCCCCUCCGUCACCUGGGGCUCUGGAGUAUCGGUGUUCAGCUGGGUUAGUGCUAAAGCCGUGUGGCAAGUGCACACUCGCCUCGUCAGAACUUGGGGUUCAGCUGGCAGGACCUUUAGGCACAUCCUGGGGCACCCGUGCACCAGCUGCCAGCUUUGUGGAGGCCCCCCAUGUAGGAUGGUGGGAGCAGAGGGCCUCUUCCUGGGACUGACACAGAAGGUCACCCUCUGGAGCCCAGGGCAUGGCGUGGUCAAUGGGUGGCCCCCUGAGACCCGCAAGGCCAGCCCAGCAGCCUCUCCUCACCCCACUGAGGCCUUGCAAAGGGUGACAUUGGUGCUGUGCUGUCUCCACGUCUACUGCCAGAGCCUCCCCCGAUUGCUACGGUGGUGGCACAACCACCCGGGGACACCUGGGGACCUCUGGCUGGCCCCAGGCCCUCCUCACCUGGUUC